AUGGCAGGUGCAGUGGCUCGGGCUUCGACUCGCACGCGCAAGAAGACUGCAAGGGCACAAGAUGAUGACGAGCGCGACGGCAGCAACCCUCCCAGCCAGCCCUCAGCGCCAGCCUCGACCAGUGCGAGGGGUGCCAGUGCCAGCGCCAGUGCCAGUGCGAGCAGGAGCAGGAGUAGGAACGGCACCGUCGACCUCGUCUCGGAUGCUGAUGCACCACUCGUAGCAGCUGUGGCUUCGAGCUCCAACAAACGUAGGUUCCUACCUGACACUCUUUUCGAGUUGUGGGACGCCAAGGCUCCGAUAGCUGAUAGCCUCCAUCUUGUUCUCCUUCUCUGUCUCUCGACUCCGGAUCGUCCUCGACCUCGAUGACUGCCGACUCGCGACUGGUGCCCUGCCCGCCCGCUCAAUCACCGGCCUCGCCUUUGCCGUGUGCCUCUUUGCAUUUGCUUUCUAA